AACUUUGAACUUUUACGCUAAUGGAUGAAUAUGAUACAAUUUGAAUUGGAUGAACUACUGCCGGUCUUAUCGGACUUGAUAAGAUUAACAAAGAAACAGUUGUUGAAAUUGACUCAAUCAUUAAAAGAGCUGAACAAGAGUGACAAAGUUAACGAAGUGAGGUUAUUUAUUACAUUAUUUAUAUUAUUGAAAAAUCGUUUUGAAGUUAAUUUUCUAGUGUCAGUGGAAGUGAAUAAACAAGCACUCGUCUUUCGUCUGGGAAAAAAUAUGCAUUCAAAAUUAUGUAAUGGACUUCUAGUGUGUUUGAUUAUCUUUGUCGAUUUAUCAAGUGCAGAUUCACAUAAUAUUCUACAGGAAGCUCUCAGAGUGAAAGAUAAGUUACAUUUACAUUUGUUUUCAGAAAGCACACAUCUAUUUGAAAGGAAAAAAAUACUACGUUAUAGCGAGCACCUCAACAAACUAGGUGUGAAUGUGAAAGCAAAUGGUGAUUUGGGAGAGCCGCUGAUGCUUUCACCGUACAUAGAAAAUGGGAAAUUGGAAGAGGGCAGGAGAAAAGCCGCAGUGCCACCGUUUAGCGGCCAGGUGAAGAGUUACGCGGGAUUCAUAACUGUCAACAAGACAUUUCAAUCUAACUUGUUCUUUUGGUUUUUCGAGAGUGAAUCAAAGGACACUGAAUCCCCACUUCUUGUUUGGUUACAAGGAGGUCCAGGCGCUAGCUCCAUGUUUGCAGUUUUCACUGAGAAUGGACCAUAUGUUGUAGACGUGGGAAAACAGAAGGUAAGUUUGAGGAAAACGUACUGGUCGCAGCACUUCAACGUUAUCUACAUAGACAACCCAGUGGGAACUGGAUUCAGUUUUGCAACGGAAAACGGCUAUGCACAGAACCAGACUGUUGUCGGUCGAGACCUCUACAACUUCAUGCUGCAGUUCCUCACCCUCUUUCCCCAUCUACGCCAAAACAAAUUCUACAUUACCGGUGAGUCUUACGCUGGCAAGUACAUUCCUGCCUUUGCGCACACCAUUCAUGAACAAAAUCAACAAACAAAUGAUAUAUUGAAAAUCAAUUUGCAAGGACUCUUUAUAGGUAAUGGCUGGUCUGAUCCAGUUAAUAUGUUGAAAUAUGAUAAUUAUCUAUAUGAGUUGGGACUCAUCGACUCUAACGCCAAAGUAGAAUUCGCCAAUGCACAACGUUCAGCCGUGCAACUAAUUGAAGAGGAGAAAUGGGAAGAGGCUGCUGAAGCAAUGGAUCGAAUAGUCGGAGGGGACCAAAGCCUGUUUACUAAGCACACAGGACUUACCAACUAUUACAAUUAUUACAACCAGAAAUCUGGCGAUUUUAAUGAUACGUUCUUCAACAGUAGACUGUUUCGGAAGUCGGUUCAUGUAGGCAACCUGACCUUCUCGGAGGGUGGACUGGUCUACGAGAAACUCAAGGCUGAUGUUUCCAAAUCGGUCAUCGACUGGAUCGUGCAGCUGCUCAAGAAUUAUCCAAUAGUUUUCUACAACGGACAGCUGGACAUUAUCUGCGCUUAUCCUUUGACUGAAAACGUGCUGAAAUCCAUGCAGUGGGACAUGAGUGACGAGUACAAGAAAGCUAGGCGACAAGUGUAUAAAGUGAACAAUCAAGUGGCUGGAUAUUACAAGCAAGUCGGCAACCUAACUGAAUUUCUAAUCAGAGACGCUGGACAUAUGGUACCAUCCGAUCAACCAGAAUGGGCUCUACAGUUGCUCAUCGAUUUCACCCACUAGUCACUCUUCAAUUACACAUGGCAAAAGGUCAGUUAUCAAGUACAGCCUAUAAGGAAGAAAUAUUUUUUGAAUUUUAGAAGCAAUUAUAAUAAUGCAAGAAAUGAAAUACUGUUCUAAUAAAGAGUAAAUAGAGAAAUCGUAGAUUGUCAUAAAAUAUUUGAAAUAAUAAUUCUAUUCCAAUAUAUUAUUUAUCGAGUGUUUAACAUAUUAAAUGUUGAAAGUAUAAAAAACCA